GUACACACCGACACCUUGUUUUAGAGCCAGAGAGAGUAUGAACUUGUGUUGCUAACAAAAGAAGAAAAAAAGAGAGGAGAUCUUCCAUGUGAAGAGAGAGAGAGAGGGAGUAGCCUUGGUCUUGGGGAUUUCAUAGAGAAAGCAAAGCUCUUUUUCUCCCUCCCUCUCUCUCUCUGUUUCUCUGACUCUAUGCAGCAGAAAUGUGCAUAAAAGAGGAUAUGGCGCCAGAGAGAAGAAAGGAACUCCAAGAGUUAAGAUAGUGAGGUCUGUGUGUUCAGUGUACCUUCUUUGUUUUUCCUUGUGCUUAUUUUCAUGUGGGCGAAGCAACAAGGAAAGACAAUAAAGAUAGCUCCUUAUUAAGAAGGAUCUCUGUCAAAUAUGGGAACUUUGGCACUUGACAAUGAAAACGUAGGCUCGGAUGUUUACUGCCAAUUGGGGCUAAGGGAAUCGGCAAAGGGAGUUAUGAAAAUCCCUCGGGUUCUGUCACCUCUCUCAUCACUUCUUGAGAGAUGUGUUCAAAAGAAUGAGAUGCUAUUGGAGGCAACGGACAUUAAAGAAGUCAUGACCAUAUUUCAUGGUUUACGAGCACCCACUUUGAGCAUUCGGCAAUAUAUUGAUCGCAUCUUUAAAUACUCUGGCUGUAGCCCAUCAUGCUUUGUUGUUGCACAGAUCUAUGUGGACAGAUUUAUCCAGUGCACAGAAGUCCGUUUAACUUCUUUCAAUAUUCACCGGCUUCUGAUAACAAGUGUAAUGCUAGCAGCGAAGUUUAUUGAUGACGCAUUCUUCAACAAUGCAUACUAUGCCAAAGUAGGAGGAGUGAGCACUAGUGAGUUGAAUAGGUUGGAAAUGAAGUUCUUGUUUACUAUAGAUUUCAGGCUUCAAGUUAGCAUAGAGACAUUUAAGAGAUAUUGUUCUCAGUUGGAAAAGGAAGCUGCAGGGCUCCAGAUUGAACGUUUGAUCCAAGCCUGUGGGAUCAAAGAGAAUUGGUCCAACAAAGACGAUUCAACUUGUGCUCCUACAGUUGCAAGAUGACAAUGCCAAUAUCAUCUCAACGUUUUAUUACACGAUUUUUCUGAAUUGCGAUUGAAUUUUUUAGUAUCUGAUUGUUUGGCUUGUAAGCCACGAAAAGCACUUCAAUGAACAAUAACUUUAGUAUCUCACUUUCGUUUUGGGCGGAGUUUUGGUUUCCAUUUCUCAAAUUGUAAGAAACAGAUUAUUCAACUUUAUGGGUAAGAAAGAGUGUGCAGUGAGUUUUCCA